AUGGACGAUUCCUUCGCGAGGGACUUUGCCAGAGAAUCAUGGUCAUUAUAUGGUGUCGGAGUAGCCACCAUUGUCCUUCGGUACAUCUCCCGCAUCCGCAGAUUCGGUAUCCGCAAGUUGAGAUGGGACGACUACAUCAUGCUCAACGGCCUCAUCUGGUACACACUGCUGUGCGUGUCCCUGAACAAGAUUGCGUCGGGGGGCGGCUCGAAUUUAAUAAGCGACGAAGAACUGGCGGCCCUGACACCAGAGACGAAGGAGGAGAGGGUAAUAGGAAGUAAAUGGGUGUUUGUAAGCGAGCAUAGCAUGAUGCUGGCUAUUUGGAGUAUGAAGGCGUGCAUGUUGAUACUUUACGCUGGUCUAACGGACGGUCUGAAACAACGCCAAUACUUCAACUGGCUCGGCAUCUUUAUUGCUCUCGGCUUCGUAGCCAGCGAACUGGCACUAUUCCUCGCGUGCCGUCCGAUUCAACAGUAUUGGGCCGUGCCAGCCGAAGAUCCUCAAUGCUACAACUACGCACACUACGAAAUCGUCCAAGGAUCCUUCAACAUCACAGGCGAUAUUGCCAUGCUCCUCAUCGCGAUACCCCUUAUCAUCAGCCUCCACGUAACCAUCCAACAAAAGAUCAUCCUGCUCCUCAUCUUCGGCAUGGGCGGCUUCGUCAUCGUCGCUUCGAUCCUGACAAAGCUGUACUGCUUGGUGCCGGCGCUGAUAUCCUACGUAUACAUGAGCUGGUACUUCCGCGAGGCCUCUGUGGCAGUAUACGUCACAAACAUACCUCUGGUGUGGCCACUGGUCAGGGACGUGGGUAAAUGCUUGGGAGUGACGUUGGCAAGCCGAAGCAACGGUUCCCGAUAUGGCACAAGUAGUCACCAUGGGCAAAGGGGGAGGCGCCUCGACUCCAACUCCCGCGUUCGAACGACAGAUAAAGAUUUGGAGAUGAAUUCUUUCCAUCGCGCGACCAAGGCAGAACUAGCGGGGGGCGUGGAUGGCAGAAGCGAGAGCCAAGAGCGCAUCAACGGGAAUGGCAAUAGUGAGCAGCUCAGGGAUAUCGACGAGCGCAGUGGAAUGAAGAUUAAACGAGAAGUGACAUACACGGUGGAGAGCGUUUCGGCAGACGACUUGCCAGAUGGGAGGGUUUGGGCGUUUAGUGUUGCUGAUCCCGUUGAUGCUGGGAAUAGAAACGCUGGAGUUUCGACGACAGUCAUGCAUACGGCGCGACGAGAUUAG